GACACUUCGAAGCCAUAGUAGAGAUCCUUGUCGUGUCGAGCGGACAGUCGUUUCCUGGCUCCCGGGUGUGCGCUGAGAAAGGUUGACGGAUUUUUAGGUUAUAAAACCCUCGAUUUUUUGCCUUCUCCCAUAACGCGAGCGGCAAUAGAGAAUCCAAAGUAGCGCGAAGCUAGAUUGAAAAAGGAGUUAACCGGAUACUGAAGAGCGCCGGCAACCGGAAGCAGCAGCAGCAGCACCAGUCGCAGCAGCAUCUUUUGCACACGUAAAAGCGAGUAAUAUAAAACAUACAGAAUGAGCUGGCAGGAUUACGUCGACAAUCAGCUUCUCGCUUCGCAGUGCGUGUCGAAGGCAGCCAUCGCCGGUCACGAUGGUGGCGUUUGGGCCAAAUCGGAAGGCUUCGAGGUGUCGAAAGAGGAGGUGGCCAAAAUAGUACAGGGAUUCGACAAAACUGAACUGCUCACAUCCGGUGGUGUGACACUAGCAGGCCAACGUUACAUAUACCUUUCCGGUACCGACCGAGUGAUCCGUGCCAAGCUCGGCAAAACCGGCGUGCAUUGUAUGAAAACCCAACAGGCUGUUAUAGUAUCAAUCUACGAGGAACCCGUUCAGCCUCAGCAGGCGGCAUCCAUAGUAGAAAAGCUGGGAGAUUAUCUAAUUACCUGUGGUUAUUAGAAGGAAAAACUACACACACACACACAUACAUACACACAACUUUAGGAGCAGAGCAGUAGCAGCAUCAGCAGCAUCAGCAGCAGCAGGCGCAGUUAUGCAAUGGGGGAGGGAUAUCCAACAGUAAUGGUGGGAGGAGGGCUGGGGUUGUGAGUGGAUGGGGAGGGGGGAGAGAGGUGUGGUAGAGAGAGUGGAAGCCUGCCGAAGAAGAAGAAGAAGGAGUGAUGGAGCGGAAGUAAAUAGAAAACAGAGAAAAGAUCGGAAGUUUGGGAAACCAACCAGCCUCUUAAUUUCGGACCUUGGAGCAGGAGCGCGCGCGCGCGUGUGUGUGUGUGGCGCUGGUGGUAUUCGUGUGCGCGCGUGUGUGUGUGUUUUGUUUGUGUGCUGGCUUGUGUUUAUGUGUGUCUAUGUGUGUACGCGCGUGUGUGUGUCUGUGCGGCGAAUUGUCCGCGAGAAAAUCUUCUUCCAUAGCACACUCGCGCCGCGCGCAUAUCCUGCCACAGCCGCCCAUCCUUCCAUCCACAUUCCGUCUCUCCUGUAGUCCUGCGCGCGCGUGUGUGCAUGUGUGUGGGGGGUGGGUGGUCUGUUUGUCGCGUUGUUGCAAACGUGAAAAAAGUGUGCGCCCAGCCCUACACAAUGACACAUCGCGUGUGCCGGAGCAAAAUUGUGUGCAACCGAAAAAAAGGGAUACGGGAGUAGACGGGGGUUGUGGUGUUGCAGAAGGAACCUCUGUGUGGCGUAAGAACACAUCCGGGGGACCGGCUUUGAGCACGAGCUAAGAAAAAAACCGUGUGAGGAGGCCACAAGAGGGAAGCGAUCGAUAAAGCAAAAGAAACACAAGCAUGAGAUAAGGAGCAGAAAGAGCUCCCAGGUUAAGUGGAAAAAGAAAGGGAAAGAGAGAGAGAGAGAUAAUGAAACGAGCAUUAAAAACAGAGAAAAAAUAAGAACGUUGAAACAUGAAAAGAGGAGAAACAUACACUUUCAUACUGCUUUUUUUUAUAAUUUAAACACUAGAAACACACAUGAAUAAAGAAAUUGUGAGGCGAAGAAGAAGAGGAAGACACAUAUAAACAAAGAUCGAAAGCAUUUGCUAGCGGCAAGAGGGAGGAUGGGUAACAAAGGGGUAAUGGAAUUUUUGGAAACUUCAUCGGGGGGUUUGUUGUGUGGAGCAAACCGUAAAGGAAAGAACACACGCUCUCGGUGUAUUGUUUGUGUGCGUAUUUGUGUGUGGGUGCGUGUAUGUGCCACAAACUUUGACCGGCUUGUAGAGAUAAGAGGAAAAGCAGAAGAUGCUGCUGUGGAAGCCAUCCUGCUCACUCGGUCUUUCGCUUCUGGAUGUGGGAGGGAAGGGAAGAGGAGGAGGGGCGGGGAAACGGGUUGGUUGGUGGAAAGUCGUACCGUUGCAACCACCACCCCAUCUCCGCUGGAGUGUCUCUUUGGCAUCACUUUCCCUCUGGUAUAUUCGCUAUGUUACUAUGCCGAUCGGAAAUUGUGGAAAGGAUAGAACCACCAACCUUUAUCGUGACUCGGCGAAUAAGUUUUCCCGAUUACGUUGGUACGCAUACCACGUCCGGUUGGCAAGCAUAUACACACACACACACACUCCCACACACAUUUAUCAAUGCAUGAUGGAGGGAGAGAAUGCUUUGGGAAAUUCCUCUGGUUUGCGUAACGACUCGGCGCCUGUCCCGGGGAAGAAGGAAAAGAGUUCUUAAGGAAGUCGGGAAAAGCAGGAGUAAAUGUGCAUACCUCGCCCCCCGGUCCCCCUCUCUCUGUCUGUUCGUUGAUGUGUUUUUGAAGGCACGAAAAAGCGAAAGAAUGUUGUAAGAACAUCCGAGGGGAAGCGUAAGGAAUAGAAAGGAGCAGAGCAUUAGAUAUCAUCAUCAUUGCCGCCCACCACCACCACCACCACCACCACCAUCUACCCACUACCACCAUCCACCAGCCACCAGCAGCAGGUUCGGAUUUCUCUCUCGCACGUGAAGCGGAAGUGCACAACAGAUACGAGAGUAAGAGCGAGAUAUGGAGAGAAAGGCGCUGAAAAAAAAAACGAAAACAAUGCCAGGACGUAACAUGUGACACGAAAAUACUACUAAUGCACGACGUUUGACGGACUCCCCGCUAUGGGGUGUGAAGCAUACAGAGGAGAAAAGACUGUAGGACACGAAGAGGACGGACGCGCAUCUACAGAAGGACGACCUUAGACACAGAAAAAAAAGAGAGAGAGAGAGAGAUGGGAAGAACAAGCGGACAGCCAGGACAGCCGGUAUGAGAGAAAAUAAUAAUAAAAAAAUAUUGAUAAUACUGUGUAAGCUUAAAAUUUUGUUUAUUUUUUGCCUAAAUGAUGUGUAAAAUGUGGCUAAAACGAAGAAUAAAGAAGCAAACGAGAGAGAAACAGAUGAAAAAAAAUCAAGAACAUACGCACGUACGAAUUCGGUGUCCUGCUGUGACGAGAAAGAGAAAGCAAGUGAAAUUGAUCGGAGAUCGCGCGCGCGCGCGUGUGUGUGUGUACGUGAUCGUGUGCCUCUGUUUUGUGGAAGGGAGACCUUUUUUUUUUGGGACGAACUACACGUUUUUCGUCUUUUCCUCCGCACACGAGGUGAUAGGCUGGUAGAGGAGUUGGGGCUGUUUUGGGGGCUAAUGGGGCGUAAAGGAAAAUGGAAUUACCAGGAGAGGGAGAAUCUUCUUCGUUGCGCUCAUCUUUUUCUCUCCAUGUGUAGGGGCGAAUUGUAGUCCAUAAAUGUUGGUGGUGUGUCUAUUGUAACUCUCCUAAUCGCCCCCUGCCCAAUUCUCGCCCUAUUUUUCCGAUCGCAACAGUUUUCUUAGAACGAUCGUCGAUUAGUAAUCCAUUGUUGGUGCGAUCCUUUGUGUCUUCUUUGUAUUACGUAAGUUGCUGAAUAUCUGGACUGGCGUAAUUUCGUGGGGGGGAUUUCUUUUUUAAUUGGGAAAGAUUUCUAGUCAUUCCACAUCCCAUCCUUUCAAACACACACACACGAACGCAUACACUUUUCUAGGAGUUGUUGGAUCUUUUGGUCGUGCAAAAGAUGCACGGAAUUGACGAAGGACACAUUUUCGAAAGAAAUUCAAAUGGAGAAGUGCGGAGAGAAAGCGAGAUUGAAAAAAUGGUAACCUCAAUGCAAAAAAAAUGAAAUCAGCAUGUAAGCAACAACAAAAAAAACUGUAAAAGCAAAACCUCACAUAUACAGCAGAACGGGAAGAGAGCGUUAUACUAAAAUACUAACAUACUAAAAGACUAAAACCAUAGCGAGAGAACGAGAGGGCGUUGAAAGCAAGAGAAAAAAAAAGAAUUGAAAAAAAGGACACAAUUCAAACGAAACACGGGGGUAUCGAGAUGAAACGCGCUGCUAAGCCAGCAGAGAAGAGUGGAGAAGGGUGCGUGUUGGAAAGUACGCGAAAGUAAAACUAAAAACGAGUGAUAACGGAGCGAAAGGAUAGCGGAAUAGGGCGUAGGAAGCGCGAUAUCGCGAGUAGUCGAAGAAGCAAAAGUUGACCCCUAGAACGUUUCCUCUCGUGGUAGGGCCAUGGAAAGCGAAACAUCAAACAGCCAGUCUAUAUAUAUAUAAAUAUAAAUAAAUACAAAAAAAAUGGAAGACAUAACACAUAAGCGUAACGCGAGCGAAGUAUCAUCCAUCUCUAACGGGAUGCGGCAGGACACUUGAAUAUGCCGACGCCCGAAGCCAGCCGAUAAUGAGACACAUGGAAAAACAGUAAAGAAAAAGGCUAAAAAAAGAACGUCUCUGUGUGUGUGUGUGCGUAUGCGUUGGAUAAGCUUCGAGUAACAUUCGAAAUUAAUUAAAUGUUUGUUUGAUUUUACUUAUCGUUUCGUUUGGAUGUUUGUUACUUGCGUUCGCUUUAUCGUAAGGUUCCCCUUUUACACGGUGGCUCAUAUCGGCCCCCUGCCGUAUAAGAGUGUGUUUGUUGGGGGUAGGAUCUCGUCUUUAGGGGUCGAAACAGUUGAUAACAGGCGACGUGGGUUUGCGUAUAAAAUUUGAACCGCGGAACAAUCGGUGAAUAAUGCGUACGUUGGAGGGAAUUUGCUAUU